GGGGGGGGGGGGGGGCCGGCUGCUGCACUUGCAGACCGGUCAUGGCAAGGGUUCCUCCUUGUCUGCUCAUCAAUCCGCUCCCCGCUGGCGCGUCUCCCGUCAUGCCUAUCCCUGCCCCUCCGCUCCUGGAGAAAUGGAAGGACGACGGAAGACGGAAAAGAAGCCCUUGCCCGCCUCUUGCCGCCGCCCUAAUCCGCACUUCCCACCUGCCUGUUUGCUUGUCCGCCCAGACUCUGGAUCCAAUAGCCCAAAAGCAAUGGAAUCAAUCACACGAGCUGCGCCGUACCGGAAUUCACCGAUCAUGAGAUGAGACAGAAGUGCAGCAAAAUAAAAAACAAAAAA